UAUUGUAACUAUGCUCCAAUUUAGGGCUAUUUUUCUGGUACUCAUCUUUAAAGCGUAGCUAGAGAGGGAGAGGGAGAGGGAGAGGGAGAGGAAGUUGAAACCGCAGUCUUAAUGGCGAUCGAUGGCAGAUGGGUCAAGCUAGCACAGAAAGGAACUGGACCUGGCGCAAGAAGCUCCCAUGCCAUCACGGUUGUAGGCCAUAAGGCUUAUGCCUUCGGGGGCGAGUUUACUCCCCGUGUGCCUGUGGACAACAAGCUCCAUGUCUUCGAUCUCGAGGACCACACUUGGUCUGUCGCAGAUGCCGUAGGUGACAUCCCCCCGCCGCGAGUGGGUAUCACAAUGGCUGCCAUCGGCACCACCAUCUACAUCUUUGGCGGCCGAGACUUGGAACACAAGGAGCUCAACGAGCUUUACUCCUUCGACACCUGCACUGAUGUGUGGACGCUACUCUCGUCCGACGAAGCCGGACCGCCCCACCGGAGCUACCACUCCAUGGCAGCCGAUGAGCGGAGGCUGUACAUCUUUGGUGGGUGUGGGAAUGCUGGCCGGCUAAAUGACCUCUGGGCAUACGACAUCAUUGAUCGCCGGUGGAUCCAGUUCCCAUCACCCGGCGAGAGCUGUCACCCUCGAGGUGGCCCUGGGCUAGCUGCCACCGGAGGGAAGAUAUGGGUUGUGUAUGGAUUCUCCGGCGUGGAGCUUGAUGAUGUGCACUGCUUUGAUCCUAUCAGUCAGAAGUGGACGCUAUUUGACACUACUGGGGACAAGCCAAGCCCUCGGAGUGUGUUUUCUACUGCAGGAAUUGGGAAGUAUGUGAUCAUAUAUGGUGGCGAAAUCGACCCAAGUGAUCAGGGCCACCUUGGUGCCGGGAAGUUCUCCGCCGAGCUCUUUGCGCUGGACACAGAGACAAAUGCUUGGCAGAAGCUGAAGGACUUCUCUGAUGCCGGCGAGCAUCCAGGGCCUCGUGGCUGGUGUGCAUUCUCCUCUGGAAAGAUGGAAGGCAAGGAGGGGUUGUUUGUUUAUGGAGGAAAUUCACCUACAAAUGACCGGCUUGAUGACAUUUUCUUCCUCACUCCUAGUUUGUAAGGGUUGAAGUAGAAUGGAGGUAUGGUUUUGAGGAGUCGGUCUUGUUUGCAGAGUUCGUAUGAUAGGUGUGUAAGCAGACGGAAUGCUGUAGUUUUAUGGUUGUGGAUUGUGUGUUGUGCGCUUAAUUUGUGUUGAUAUGUGGAACCAUUUUGAGGCUUGUAAUAAGAUUAUGAUUUCUCCAUUCUAGGUUAGGAGCUUUUCACUCUUUUCUCA